AGGAAACUUAUUUCUGAUGAACUUGUUGACAGCAAUAAUAUACAAUCAGUUUCGUGGAUAUCUUCUGAAAUCGGUUCAAUCAUCGCUUUUCCGGAGACGCUUGGGAAUCCGGGCUGCCUUUGAAGUUCUUUGUUCUUUGAAAGAGACUGCGAUCAAUAAAAAUGUCUUGUGUGUCCAAUCCGGGGCUCUUGUUCAAGUACUUCAGAAAGUAAAAAUGGAUUCCUAUUGCAAGGAAGCAAUUAUUAGGAAGCUUGAGUCUUGUCCUCCAGGAGGGCUGUCGGCUACUCAGUUUCAGACACUCUUUGAUGAACUUGACAAACAUAAAGUUAAAGAGCAUCCUCCCAAACCAGAUUAUCAGUCACUAUUCCUACAGCGAGUUCAGUUUAUCUUUGGUCAUCACUACUUUGGGUACUUGGGGAAUGCUGUAGCUCUAGCAAACAUCUUCUGUGUAUGUGUAGUAAUGGUAAUAGAUGCAGAUAAACAACCUACUCUGCGAGAUGACUUUUUUUUAGGGGUUACAAACUGUUUCUUUAUUUUUUACUACUUUCUGGAAAUGUUGCUGAAAAUAGUGGCCUUGGGAUUAAAAAGAUAUUUAUCCUAUCCAAGCAACAUAUUUGAUGGGCUUCUGACUUUUGUUCUCAUGGUUUUGGAGGUGUCCACAUUUGCUGUAUAUGGGUUUCCUCAUCCAGGCUGGAGACCUGAAAUGUUGGGCUUGCUAUCUCUAUGGGACAUGGUUCGUCUAGCAAAUAUGUUGAUUGUGUUCAGAUUUUUACGGAUCAUCCCAAACAUUACAUUCAUGUCUUUAGUUGCUAGUACACUGCUGGAUCUAGUGAAAAAUAUAAGAACCUUUGCAGGAAUUUUAGUGGUGGCUUUCUAUGCAUUCGCAAUAAUUGGCAUGGAGCUGUUUGGAGGCACUAUUACUCCCAUAGGCAAUGUCAGCCUUAUCAAUAAUACAACUGGAAAUACCACUUUCCAGUGUGGCACUUUUGAACAACUGGAGUAUUGGCCAAACAACUUUGAUGAUUUUGCUGCAGCGUUAGUGACUCUGUGGGAUGUGAUGGUUGUGAACAACUGGCAGGUUUUCUUGGAUGCAUAUUCCAGAUAUUCAUCUUCCUGGUCAAAGUUGUACUUUGUCACCUGGUGGUUGACUUCCUCUGUCAUCUGGGUCAAUCUUUUUAUAGCCUUGCUUCUAGAGAAUUUUAUUCACAAAUGGGACCGUCGCUGCCAUGGGCCAUCUCUCUCGGAAGUUGAAUAUCAAAUGACAGUGGAACUCAUGUUCAGGGAUGUUUUGGAAGAACCAACGGAGGAAGAACUGAUUGCAAGACUUCACCAGCAUCCACAUAUGCAUCUAUAUAGAUGACACCUAGCUGGAAAUGGCAAUCCAGCCUCCUCAUGCCUGCAUGCAGGUUUUAUAGCUAAAAGGAAGAUAACUAUUACUUCUUUCUAGAAAGAGUGCUAAAAUCUUGAUUUUAUUGUUGAAUGCUGCCUCCAAUAGAUAGUCUUUAAAGGUUGCCCUGUGUUCAUUUUAAACAUAUUUUUAAAAUCCUAAUUUGACUUCUUUUUAAGUUGAUUUUUUUACGUUAUAGAUAAGAUAAUUAUGGAGCAUUAAAUGCUUUUAAGAAAGGGAAAUGGAUCAAUGAUACUGCACUUUAUAGUAAAUGUGGUGGAGGAUGUGUAACCACGUCUGCUGGCCUGGUGCUAGCACUACAGACAGUACAAAAUGCAAACCUUCUACAGAAGCAAACUUCCUUUUUUAGUAUUUGUUGUGGGAUAUGCUAGGACUGUGCCUUAUUGUUAGCAAAAUGUUUUAGUAAAUGCCUAAAUGUUUCAAAUAAUGGAUAAAAGUUUGUAGCCUAAGGUUAGGGAUUCAUAUAAAAAGAUGUUAUUUUAUAUGUUCCAAUGUGGGAAGCUAUGUUAGAAGGAAGAAUAAUACAAUGCCAGUUUUAAUAUCUGCCCAAAUCUUCAGAGCACUUUCAUGCAAAGAUCACUUCAGACCUUGGGCUGACUGUAUGUUACAUUAAUUAGCAGCUAUUGGGGACUUGAAAUCAUGGGCUUUAAGGGGCUUAAUAUUUUGUCUCCCUGGCCCUCCAAUGCCCCUCCUUAUCAGGAUCAGCCCUCCCUUGUAAUUUUGAGUCAAGCUAGACCAAGAACUUUGUGGAAAGGGAAAGGGUUAAAUCCUCCUGUUUCUUGUUUGAGGCUCACCUUUGCCUUGUUCUCCUUUUUUUGGUGAAGCCUGAUCAGUUUGCCAUUGGUGAAAUGAGUGCUGAGAGGAAAACAGUUCAAAUGAUUGGAUUUCUGUUUAUUGCUCAGACUGGAUUUAUGCCUCAUACUUGAGUUCUUGGGUGAGUUCUGUAAUUGUCCACAUGUAUUGUGGAAAACAUUUUGUGAGUAUCCCCCAACCCAUUUUGCAAGAACGUCUAUGACACAUAGACAACAUUCAAAAUGUGCCUAUUGGCCAUAAAGUUCGGGGACCUUUUUCAAAUAAAAAAUAUGACAUGGCCAUGUGCCAGUAAAAACAAAAUUAUAGAAAUUAAAUCUUAGACCUUUUAAUUAUAAUAGUAGUAAAUAUAUUUAUAUUGGCUAUCUUAUGAUUCCAUCAGGUAGUAUGUACAGUGCCUAUCUAUGUGAAACCCUGAGAACCCCUAAGAUACAGUUACAGUUUAGAGAUAAAAGUAGCUCCUUAUAAGGACAAAUGCUAUAAGAACAACAAAUGGAGAAAACCUUUGUUAUGAAUAGGUGACCCAUGUAGUGACCCAAUCCAAUGAAUUAUUUCUAUUAUUAAAUUAUUUUAUUCAUUCAGGGAUGCUAAAUAGCCCUAUUCUUCUGCUUUCUGUCUAACCUCUGAACUUUCUCUUCAGUGCUGAAAGGGAAAUUCUUUGACACUAAAUAAUUUUGAUUAAAUUAUGGUCAUCUCAUAAUAUUCAGUUAAUUAAAAAAUGCACUGGAAUAUUAAUUAUCUUCCUUAGACACCAUAGCUCUGUUCAUACAACAUAUAGAAGAGCCAUGUUUUAUUGAACCCAAAGUUCUGGGUUCAUACAACACACUGAGCCAUUAAUUAAUCACAUGGGCUAUAAAGACGUGCAAAAAUUUUUGCAUUGAACUGUUUGGGGCAUGAAAUCUCAUAGAGUGCAGAAUGACCUGUUUUGAAUAUUCCAAGAAUAUUUUGAGUUCAAAACAGCUCAAACAGUGUCCAGAAGGCUCAAAAUAGCAACUUUUUGAGUGCUCAGAAAGGGGAUAUUUGUGAAGUUUUAUGCUUGAAAUAGCUCAAAAUGAAAUCUGUUGCACACCCUAGGGCAAAACCUACUGUUCUGGAAACUGAAUGUUUCUUUUCUGGACUCUGCUGAUCUAAUCAUUCCAAGGUUGCUCCAAUGGUUUCCCAAAAGUUAAUCCUCUGAACUGGAAACAAUUUGUGGUGUUCCAGACAUGGGCCUGUCCUGUUUCAUCCAGAACACUGCAAACCAGUUCUGGUUUGGAAAAUCAGCUUCUGGAAAAGUGCUGAAUGUUACAUUCUGUAAUGGUAGAUUUUGCACAUCCCUAUUAGGCUAUAAUGUGGUUGCUAGUUUUUAGUUUACCAUGUCAUGCAAACACUGACCAUUCUUAUUUAUUUAUUUAUUUUGACCGAAAUAAAAGAGGGGGAUGCAGUUAAGAAGUUGCUGUAUUUAUCUCUAAGAAUUUUUUUCCUCCAAGUAAUUUUUGCUCUAAAAUGGGAAGGUCAUCUUGGAUUUGCAGAGAAUAUGAUAAUGCAGCCAGAUGGGUUUAUUUCUUUUGAGGAUGACACGUUAAAUUCAGGGCAAAUACAGUAGCUACUGCUAGGUUUUUUUAAAAAAAGGUUUUGGUUAUUUCCUGCUUGCCAUCUUAAUGGGAUAAGAAAACAUUAAAGUGGAAAUGUGAUGUGUUCCGUGUCACCCAAAAUACGGAAGCCGAGGUGUACCACCCUUGCACUCUUAAGUGACCAUCUAGGAAAAUAUUUGUACGCUAUAAAAAUAAAAACAUUAAUGGUUAUUGAUCAAUAGCCAUUUCAUUUGCUAUGAUCUGCGCUUCUGAUGUGGAUUCCUUUGGAUACCAUGAAGUUUAUUGUAUUUAUUGAUAGAGCUUUCAUUUUCCACAGAGAAUCCUGCCUAGGCUGCAUUACAGAUGGAUUGCAAUUUGAAUAUUACCCCUCCUUAAAAAUUAUUCCACGCAGAAAGCUAAGGAAGAGCUCUAGCCUUUCUGUGACACAUUAAAUCUAUUUUCUGCUUCUAAUAUAUAAUGACUAUAUAUUUAUAUAUACAGAAACGUUGGCAUUCUUUUAAGCUAAGAGUUUUCAUAGCUUACUUUAUGGUUGAGGAACCAUUGGUACUCCAGAUGUUGCUGAUUCUAGCAUCUUUCACUGUUGGCUAUAUUUCUAGGGCUGUUGUAGGAGUUUCGGGAGGGCAAAACAUUCCCCUAUCCCUGGCUUGUUUUGGUUUGAUUUACCUUUUGGACAUCAAUGACAACUAUUGUGAAUAUCAUGAUUCUAUAUUGAACAUUUCAUUCUUUUUAAGCUGAAGAAAAAUGAGCGUUUUUCUGUACUCAUGACAGCAGCUGUAACCUCCAAAAGUUCUUCAUGUUACUUUUUUCUUCCAGUGGUGCAAUUUGGGCAAUGCAGUGUCCCAAGUUUACCAGUGCAAUAUAAUUUUGAAUUUCUUGUGCUCUGAGAACAUAUGGAGAAACCACUAAAGUUGUUUGCAUAUUAUGAAGUUUUAUGUAUUAAUUUGAAAAAAAGGAACUGUAAAAUGUAUCUAUGCAAGUUCUUUUUUAAGACCACAGAUGUUACCUUAUGUAAUUAUUGUUAAUACAGUAAAAUAUUUUUGAAACAGCUGGAGUUCUAUAAAUUAUUUUGUGUCUCUACUAGCAUUAAAUCUGA